AUGGCGACCGUGCAGAGCUCGGUAUUCCGCACCACGCUCUCGGUCGCGACGCGUUUGAACAGAUGCAUUUGCAAACAGGCACCUCCCUUCCCCAUCCGGCUCCUCGAGCAACACGCCGUCACGUCCCGAGACGAGCGCGACCAGCUCCUGACGCUGUUGCCCGCGCUGUACCGCAAAGAGUCUGGUGACUUGGCCGCUGUCAGGAAUGACGAGCAUCGACGCGAUGGCCUGGAGCACUCGGGCAGCCCGCAGGUAGCGCUCGCUCUGCGCAUAAAAAUCGGGCAAUCCGGCUAG